UUAAAAAUGGGAGGCUUCAUAAAUAAUUUUUCAAAAAACUGAGAAUUAUUAAACUAAUUUAAAAAAAAAAAACAAAUAAUUUUAAGAAAUACGAAGUCGCAGAAAAUUAAAUAAAGUUUCCACUAAACUGUUUAUUAAAAUAAAAUUAAAUAAGAGAAGCUUAGUAAAGCAUAAAAGGUCAAAGAUUCAGCGCAGGAAGUGAGUAGAAAUUUAGAAUUUAAGUUAUAAAACAAGAUGCCACGGCAUAGUGGCCUAACUGACUUUGAUAAUGUAAAUCGAAUAAGAGCCAACAACAUCUACAGUUGCAAUAAUAGUGGCGGCUGUUCAUAUCCAGAUGAAGUCAUAAUGAGUUCCGGUGUUUCUUUUAGCGUUCGGUAUAUUGGAUGUGUAGAAGUUAAAACUUCGAUGAAAACUUUGGAUUUUGGAACAAGGUCUCAAGUUGCAAGAGAAUGUAUUAAUCGAGUCUGUGAAACAGCUGGCCUUAAAACUCAAAAGAAAAGACGUCUUGAUAAGGAUAUAUUGCAGUAUAUAUCGGAGCAUCCGUGUAUGGAAAAUGCAGGAACAAAUGUUAUAAUAAAUGUUUCAAGUAGGGCUUUAAAUUUGGUAAACAGUGAAUCUGGUGAAAUGGUUGCAAAUCAUGAUAUGCCCAAAAUAUCCUUUGCUUCCGGUGGAGACUCUGAUACUGCAGACUUUUUAGCCUAUGUUGCAAAAAAUGAUGAUGGUUGGAGAGCAUGCUAUGUUCUAGAAUGUGGCGGUGAUCAAACACAAGACUUAAUAUUGACCAUUGGGAAAGCAUUUAUGUUAAGAUUCAAUGCUAUUAAUAAAUUGCAUCCUUGCGUUGAUAAUUUUAACAUUGAAAAAGAUAAUGAAAAAGAUUAUUACAACGAUCUUCCUGGAAAAUUACCACCGGAACUGUGUGAUAAUGAUUUACCUCAGCAAAUGGCAACAAAAUUAAAUAUAAAAAAGCCAAGAGAGAGACUCAGCAGUAAUUUAAUUGAUUUGAAUAGCCCUCCCCCAGAUUUUGAGAUGAAAAAGUGUGAUUUAAAUUUGGAUGCCAAUAGUAACACUGCAAAUAAUCAACAGCAGACCAGAAUUAGAGAUGUUUUUGAUAUACAACCAUUUUUAUUGUCAGCGGAAGCACAAAAAGCUCAACUUCUAACAGAAUCAUGGUUCCAUUUUGCAAUUGGUCGUCCAGAAGCUGAAUCUCUUUUAAAAAAUGAUGGUGAUUUUCUUGUACGAGAGUCUCAGGGUAAACCAGGGCAAUAUGUAUUAACAGGACUCGAAGGAAACAAUCCUAAACAUUUACUUUUGAUUGAUCCAGAUGGAGUUGUACAAACAAAGGAUCGUGUUUUUGAUAGUAUUAGCCAUCUAAUAAACUAUCAUUGGACGAAUUCAUUACCUAUUAUAUCAGAAAAAACUGAAUUGGUCUUAAGAAAUCCUGUGAUUCGAACUUCAAUAAAAACACAACAGCAGCAACAAUCUAUUAUUGUUUCACACCAGGAGCAGUUGAAAUGAAAAUUAAAGAAAAAGGAAAUUUGUCGAUACAGGUAUUAGCAAUGAGAAUAAUAUUGAGAUUUCAAACAGAUUGUGUAAAAUUGUUAAAAAAAAAAAUCAGUGAAACUUAACAUACCUAAUUCUAAAAAGAAAAACAAAGAGGAAUACUAAAUAAAACUUAAUAAUACUUAUAAAUUUUAAGUAACUAGGUUUGAAUUUAGAGUUUUCAAAAAUUAAAAAAACUUAAAACUUAUAAAAUUUAAAGAAAAAUUAAAUGCACAGGUUUGCAAACAAAUUGAGAAAAUAAAACAAAAAAAAAAUAAAUAAAUUUAUGUAGAAGCACACAGGGAUCAUGACAGACUAUUAUAUUUGGUAGAAAGCUUUUUUAAUUUCUUUGAAAAUGUAAAAGUGAGUAGGUUCAAAAAAAAAAAAAAAAACUAUGAAAUCGAAACAUGUAUACUUCGAAAUUUUUUAGAAAAAAUUUUAAUGUUCAUGAUUAUCUUUUUUUUUUUUUUAGAGAAACAUUUUUUGUUGUAAUGUGUUCACUCUAUCUUAUGGUAUUUUUACUUUUUUAUUUUCAAUUUCCUAAUCUUUUUAACUCAAACUUUUCUAAAAUUAAUCGUUAAGGUAUUUUUUUUAUAAUGAAAUAUGUAUAUUAAUAUAAAUUUUGUAAGAUUUUUUACAAUUUUCUAAAUUUAAAUAAUUUUUGAAAUGCAUUUAUUUUCAUAUUUCACUAUUUUUCUAAAAGUAUUAUUCUCUUCUUAGCUCUCUAAUAUACAUAAUAUCAUUAAAUUUGUAUAGUAUUAUUCCUAAAGUGGCCAGAAUAAUUUAAUUGUGACAUCGUUAUCAUAUUAUAUAAAUUAUAAAUUGUAAGACAUUUAAAGCAUUUAAGAAAAAAAAAAAUUCCAUUUUUUAUCAACCGUUUUCGUAAUACUAUACAAAAUACGAAUAUA